AUGAUUUUUGGGUUCCGAAAAUAAUAUUUGAAUGGAUUAAAGAAAAUUUGUUUACAAAAAAAAGACGAUAUAAGAGUAUAAUGAUUGUGGGGAAUACUCGUUCAGGUAAAACUGCUUUGUUUAGAUCUUUAAAAUUACCACAUAUAUACUAUUGUAAGCUUAGAGAAUCAAAACAAUGGAAUAAUAAUGCGAAAUACGUGAUUCUUGAUGAUAUUGAUUUUUUUAGAAAUAAUGGUGAUCAAAAAAAAUCAAUAAUGUAUACGUAUCGAGAAAUGUUAUUUUGUCAGGAAGAAUUUAAUUUACGAACGGCUUAUUCGAAAACUAUUAAAAAUAAAGGUUCAAAACCUUGUGUGGUUUUGUUAAAUGAAUCAGGAAAUCCGUAUUUAAUUGAAGAUGAAAUUUUUCAAAAAGAAUUACGACAAAAUUGUUUGAUAAUUAAUAUUGGAGAUUUCGAUUUACGAAAAAAGGAUGAGGAUGGAAAUUUAACAAAUGAAUCUUUGCGUUAUGGUGGAAGUGUGGUUAUUAGUUAUAUAGAUAAGGAUGGGGAUGAAAAAGAAUUGUUGUUAACUUUGGAGGAUUUCGAAUAUGAUAAAACGUUAAAUUAUGAAAAUGGUAAUGGUAAACGUAGAAUGAGUUAUGAGGAAAAUGAAGGGGGGAGUGAAAAUAUAAAACGUAGCAGAUUUGAUGAAUCGGGUGAAUGUAGUAAUACUAGUAAUAAUAGUUAUAUAGAAUUGUCUGAAGAAGAUUAA